UUUUUUUGUUUGAGUGGUAGAUCUAGAUCAAAAUAGAAUAUAGAUAUCUAAUUUAUCGAUAACCAACCAAGCCAAUCUGGCAGUCGACACACACUUCAGAGUGAAACCAUGACACAAAAGUGUGCCUUGUUUUUGUUUGUAAUUUUGGUUUACCAAGUUGGCAUAAUAUUUAAUGGAAGUUCUGUUUUAGCACAGCCUCAAAAGCAAUAUGUCCAGUUUUUAGUUGACAGUCCCUACUCUGUUGCAUCUGACCCUGUCGGUCAUAGUAUAAGCCUUAAUUGUAAUGUGUACGGAGAGUUAAAAUACUUAUGGGGUCUGAACACUGAGAUAUCAAAAAUGGACGACUAUGGUGAUAAAGUGGUUCUCUUUGAAGAUAAGAAAUCCUACUUCCCAUUAGCCUACCAAUUAGACUUCUAUGAGUUUUAUGAUUUUUCACCAACUAAACUGCAAAUUAGAUCCACUAUACUUUCAGUUGGUACAUCGGAUGAUAUGGAUUUUAUUUGUCAGGCUAAGGAUUUUAAUGGAGUUGUCAUUGAAGAUACAGUGAAAUUUGUGGUGUACAAAAGUCCAAGUGAUAUAUUCUGUAUUAAAAAGAAUAUUUUGAAUGACAUUGAAGUCACAUGUCAAGCGUCUGUCUAUCCCCAAGGCCUGUGCAAUGUGCAAGGGAAUCAUCCAGAAAGUAUAAUCUCUAAUGUAAAGUAUGAUAAUUACCUGGAAUCUAACGGAAUCUACACCACCAGGUGCACUGUUCGAAUUUCCCACUAUGGAGAAAAUUUUCAUAUAGUUAUCUACCCUGACUUAAAGGAGGGAAAGAACUAUACAGCACAUUCAGAAGUCAUAACAGCAGCACCCAGUGGGGUAAACCUUACCUUUACAGUCAACAAGUACAAUGGAAAUGUUGUUUUGAACUUACAGGAGCCAGUGGAGUUCAAGUGUAACGUAAAAGGCACUGGGGUCGUACCUUACGGCUUUCUUUAUUUUUUUAAAGAAGACCUGAUUGGCAACCGAAUGAAACUGCUCAGCAAAAAGAACGCAGAGAAUACGCUAGAAUAUAAGAUAGAUGGGGUUUCCUGUGACCAUGAGGGCUAUUACUACUGCCAGCUUGGAUAUGAUUCUGACACUCAAGAGAAAAUCAGUGUUACGGUGAAAACAUGUUCAGCUAUCAGUGAUGAGAAAAUGAGCAUAAUCGUUGUUUUAGCUACUGUUGGUGGAUUGGCUUUCAUCUCUGGCAUUAUUGGCAUUAUUGUCUUCAUUGUUGGUUGCCCAAAACACCAUAAGCAACAGAUGCAGCCAAUGGCAGGGAACAAGGAACUUGUUUUGACUGUCCCCACAGCUCCAUCCCUAGAGGAACUGGAGACUAGUCCCCAGAUAAACCUGCCAACGUACCCAGUAGUUUGUGUCAAAGGCAGCGUCCCUGAUGAGAUUCCACCACCACGUCCAGGUCUCAUUGGCAUUAUUGUCAGCACUGUUUGUUGCCCAAAACACCACAAGCAACAGAUGCAGUCAAUGGCAGGGAACAAGGAACUCAUUAUGACUGUCCCCACAGCUCCACCCCUAGAGGAAAUGGAGACUAGUUCCCAGCAAACGUACCCAGUAGUUUGUGGCAAAGGCAGCGUCCCUGAAGAGAUUCCACCACCAUAUCCUGGUCUCGUUACAAAAAGCAGUCCUGAAACUGAAGAACAUCAAGACCUAGGUCCAGAGGUUGAAGUUCCACAACAAUAUACAAUGAAAUAGAAUUUAGGACAUCUUGACCUACAUUCUUGUUCCUGCUAAUGCCAGUCAUGUUGCUGUUACAGAGUUUGCAGAUUUUUUUCGGCUCUAUGUCAUGGUGUUCACAUCUCAACUUUGUACAUAUUCUAUACACAUCCGGUGUUCACAUCUCAACUUUGUACAUAUUUUAUACACCACACUAUGAAAUGAAGUGUACACACUCACAUGACUGCAGCACUAUGAGAUGAUGUUUGCACUCACCACACACACACAACACCAUGAGAUGAUAUGUUCGCUUACCGCACUAAAAGAUAAUGUCUGCAGAGACCACACACAAAACUAUGAGAUUAUGUGUAAUCGCCACACACAACACCAUGAGAUUAUAUGUGCACUAAACCACACAAAACAAUAUGAAAUGAUGUGUAUAGUAUAGACGCCACACACAACAUUUUGAGAUGAUAUGUGCAUCAUUUCCAAGUCUAUCAAUGUAAUUUUUAGAUAACUUCUUUUAGUUCUUGAAAUACUAGCUGUCUAUGUCUAAUCUACUAAUGAUUAGAGUAUUUAAUAUACGGUUGUCAUUGACAUAAUAAUCACACAGUUGUUUCCAACCUUCAUAUGCUUGUCUACAUAAGCAUUUAUGAAUCCUUGUUUUCGACUGCUGUUUGAUAAUUCCCCAAUCGGAACAUGUUAAACACUUGAAGACGCUCUCAAUGUAGAUAGAUGUGAUCUUCAAAAACUCUGGAAUAUUCACAUACCUUCUCACUUUUAUUUUUGUGCCAAAUUGUUUAUUUAUGAAACUCCCAUUUUCAUUUUCGUGAACAAUAUUUUUAAGAGAUGCUGGAUGUUUUAGUUGCUUGUCUUAAUCUCUAGUCAUUACACAAUUUUUUAAUUAACAAUUUAUAUAAUUUAUACAAGAAUUUAUUGAUGUAUGCAAUACAUUUUGUAAAAAUGUUUCAAACACGAAAUUUUACUCUCAGUGUGGCAAUAAUUGUACUUAUUUGUUUCUCAUGUUGAAUGUAACUUAUAAAUUAGUGUACAGGUUUAAGUCAAUCUGCAAUGUAAUUUUUUUUUUACACAAAAUGUAUGAGACCUGGAAUGGUUUAUUAUUUAUAAAUGUUUUUCAAAGAAGCAUGGCUGCUUGUCUUGUGUGUUUUUGGUGUUGUAAAGCCACAAUGUAAAUAAAGACUUUCGCAAAAAAUGCAGAACUUGUGAAUGCUGUGUUCAACAAUACACCUUUUUUUGUUUUAAACUUUAUGCUUGAAGUUUAUCCACGAAUCUCAUUUUUUUUUACAAAGCUUACAUCAACUCACUCUGUCUGGUAAAUUUCUUCCACACAAUUAUUCAUUGACAUAGACAAGGCAUGAAUCAGUAUUAAAAAAAAAAAGUAACCAAUUAGAGAAUUAAUUCCUUGUAGUUCAUUAUUUUGUUUAAAAGCUACAAGGGAAACUAAUACUUCAGUAUUCACAGAUAUGGCUAAAUUUGUUGAGUUUAGUCCCUUAGAUAACUGUUAACGCUAUUUCUCCCACAUUUUCUGAACAAGUUGAUACUUUAAAUAAUUAUUCAUUGUUCCUAACAAAAUAUGAAUGAAUAAACAGAAAUUCUCAAUUAGUCAAUUAAUUAUUGGUAAUUAUUAUUUUGUUUGAUAUUGAAUAAGUCAAAUAACUUGCACAUUAUUGGAAGAUAUAGUUCUUCCCCUUGUUUUUUUUUAAGGAUUUUUAUAUUUUGCUGUUUUUUUUUAAUGUCUUUCAUUUUUUACAAACAUAUAAAAUGUUUAGCUACAAAAUUUCUGCUUCAAGUUAGUCAAAGUUUAUCCACUAUUGACUUUGUGACCGUCCAGUAAUGUCUUUCAUUUUUUACAACUUUUGAUAAGUUUUGCCAUGUGUUUUUUCAGAUAUUGCUUUUGUUUUGAUAAUUAAUAUCUACAAAUUUGUGUGCCAUAAAUAACACAGUUAUUUUUAACCACCAGAGAUUUGUUUACAUUUACACUUGUUAUCUACUGCUGUUGAUAGUUCUGCAACCUGGACAUGUUAAAGCACUCACAGAGGCUCUGAAUGAAAUUGAUGUGGAUUUAAAAAAACAAUUGGAAUUUUUUUUAUCUUGUGCCUUUGCAAUGUGCCUUAAUAUUAUUUUUUUUGUGUGUGCAAAUUUUUAUUUUGCAACUCCUAUUUGCAUUUGAACAGUAUUUUUAAGAGAUGCUGGAUAUUUAAAUGGGUUUUCUUUAACUCUAGUCUAUACAAGAUAUUUAAAUUUACAAUAUACAUAAUUUAUACUAGAAUUUAUUGAUGUGUUCGAUAAGAUAAGAUAAUUUUAUUGAUCCAAUCAAAUGGGAAUUCAGUUUGACUACAGUUGACAACAUCAGCGUAACUACUGUAACACUCUGACAGAAAAUGGGAGAAAGGAGUUUUUACUUUCAGCUGUCGCCAUCGAGAAGUAAAUUAUAGUCAAAUUCAUAAAGCGCUGGUUGUGAAUGUGUAUGUGUUUUGUGUGUGAAUGUUGUUCGAAUUUUUUCAUCUUUACUGUUAUUGUACAGUAAAUUUUGUAAAAUAAAAAAAUAAAGAAUUUUUUUUGCCACUGCGAUGACAAGAUUAUUGCCAUGUGUUUUUGUACUAGAGCGUUUUUUUUUUGUUUGUUUGUUAACUGUAAAAAAUUUUUUACAAAGCUUACAUCAGUUCACUCUGUCUGUCUGGUACAAAUCUUGUACACGGCAUUUCUCCCACUUCUCAUUCUGGGAUGAGGUUGAUACUUUGCAUGAUAAUUCUUUAUCAAGGACAACAGAUGAAUCAAUCAUAAAGUUAACAUAAUAAAUUAUGUUUUAUAUUAAAAGGCAUAUAAAUUUUGCAGUAUUGAUAGAUAUGGCAAUAAUUGUACAGUUCUUCCCCUUAUGUAAGCUUUGUUUUGAAAACAUUUUUAUUGUGUGUGUGCAAAAUCUAAUUGAUUUUUUUUGAGACUGCAACUAAUCUUGUGUACAUAAAAGCUCACAGAGAGGACUGGAACAAAGCCUGCUUUGUUUGUAUCCAGUAUAUACAAUUUAAAAAAAAAUAAUUUUGUGUACCGUAGUUAAGGAUUGAUAUUUUUUAAAAUACAUAAUAGAAUUGUUAACUUCACAGUUGGUAAUAGAGAGGAAGAAUAUCCAACAAAAAAUAAUGAAAAGAAAAAAAGAUAAGUAUGGUUCGUGACCUUCAUUCAUGACACCAAUCACAGUAAUAUAAUUAAGUGAUUAAAGAACUUGUAUGUAUUUUGGUUACAAAUGGAAUAAUUACAUUUAUAUUGGUGCUUUAAUCAUAUUUUCUGCUUUAAUCUUGUAUUAUUAUUAAACCACUUGUGAUGAAAUGAAAGCAUGUAGAGUAUUUAUGUAUAACUAACUUCAUUCUUGAGAUGAAAAUAUGUACAGGACAAGAAAAGUGAAUUGAUUUUUAUAAUUAAUGUUUAAGCUCUAUUUUCUUCACUAACAUAUUUGUAAGCAAUAAACCAGUGGAAAAAAAACAAACUUCAAAAAUUAUUUUUUUAUUUUUAAUAAAUAUAAAUGUAAAUUUUUUAAAA